UCCGCCGCUGCCGCCGGCGCGCACGAUUUACCCAUGAGCUCGGAUUUCCCACAUUACAACUUCAGGAUGCCUAAUAUUGGAUUCCAGAAUCUGCCUCUCAACAUAUAUAUUGUGGUUUUUGGCACUGCUAUAUUUGUCUUCAUCCUUAGUUUACUCUUCUGUUGCUACUUGAUUAGGCUAAGACAUCAAGCACACAAAGAAUUUUAUGCCUACAAACAGGUUAUAUUAAAAGAAAAAGUAAAAGAACUGAAUUUACAUGAGCUCUGUGCAGUGUGUCUAGAAGACUUCAAGCCUCGAGAUGAAUUGGGGAUUUGUCCAUGUAAGCAUGCCUUCCACAGAAAGUGCCUUAUUAAGUGGCUGGAGGUUCGGAAAGUGUGUCCCCUAUGCAACAUGCCGGUUCUGCAGCUGGCCCAGUUGCACAGUAAGCAGGACCGUGGACCGCCCCAGGGGCCCCUCCCUGGGGCAGAGAACAUUGUAUAGUUCACCACAGGGAUCAGACUGUUGCUGGAUACAUCUGCGUGGAGCCAGGAGGAAUACAAGCAGUCUCUGUGUUGGCGGCCCUCUACCUGGGGCACCAGCUGCCACUUGCUUUGCCUCAUGAAGAACUCUUGGGCCAGCCAAGCUGGGAACCUAAGCGUCUGGGUCUUGUGACAACCAAAGCACUCUGACUCUACCCGCUGCCUAGAGAAGAGGAGUGGAUGAGGCUGUGGGCUUGUCUCAAACUUCCCGGGGGGUCUCUUACUAACUCCAUUACACUGUCUCACAGACCCUCGUCUCCAUGUCCAGCAGGAGGGAAGAGAAACGAGAGAUAGAGAAGGGAGCGGAGGGCAGGUCUUUAAAGCCACACCCCCACCCCGUGGACGGAUGAAGAUGAGCUUCUGUGCAGGCCGCGCAUGCCUUUGCAGCAGCAAACCUUCCCAGCAGCCCUGAUCCAAGUAAAACCAGCACAACCAGCUGCCAGUGGUGGGUGAGGCAGUGCCAACAAGGCUCGUGUUAUGUUCCUUUGAUCAGUCCAUCCUAGAACCCAAGGGCUUAGGUACAGCCAAGCAGCAGUGCCCCUUGCCACCCCUCUCCCCUCGAGAUCACAGCACCUGCUAUCAAACCAUCUAAGCUAAAAACAUUAGAUGCGCUUACAAAGGCCUGGUCAGAAGCCAUAUCCUAUCAUCCCCCACUCCCACCCCAGUCACCAGUGAGGCCCGCCAGGAGCCCCACUGUCCCUGUGUGACCCAGGGGACCCCAGAGUGCUGCCCACGUCCCCAUAUGUGCAGUGUGGUUCCAGCAUCGCUGCUGGUCCGGGCCCACUGCCUCUGGAGGUGCCAGCGUGAGCCCCUCCAGCAGCUGGGAAGAGGAGCAUCUUUCUGAGAAGGGCCCUUGCUCCCAGCCCCGCCAGAUGAUGGGGUGCUGGCCCCUUUGCCUCUCCCUUUGUCCUUCCCUUGCGUGCCCUAUCUGUUUCAACUUAAGAGAAAAUACCUGUUCGCAUUUUAACGGUUUAUCCCAAAUAAGAUCCCUACAUAAUUCUGAAGCCGGUGAUCUACUUGGAAUUGUAAAUAGUUUCAGGAAGCUCCUGCAGGGCUGUCCACCACUGGUGUGUGCCUCAGUAUUUGGACUUGCGACAACUAAUUGAAAGUGUCUUUAUAGCAGAGAAAUGCAUGCUGCUCUUUGGCUCUUUCUGUCCAUCUUUUCUAGAAACGACUCA